AUGGUCAGCGCUAUAGUCUUUAACGAUGAGAAGGUUCCGUGCAAAGAUUAUCAUCGGGUUCGGAUGCCUGAAAUGAUUCCGACGUAAGAUUAGGAAGGAUUGGGUUGAAAGAUAUUUCAUGAUACGUUUAUUUCAGAAAUCGAAAAGCUCCGAUUGGCUACAACAUUUGGAAACCUCCCGUUUGCCUCGUCAAGCUGGCAUCCGGACUGAUUCUAGUCGCAAUGAUAACUCUGCUCGUUGUCUGUACCUACCAAAGAUUCAACAGAUCAAUGCAGACUAUGCGAGACGAGCAAAUGUUCAACGAUUUCAUUCUGCAAUACGACAGAAGAUACCCGUCACUCGAAGAAUUUGAGUUCCGAUUCAAAGUGUUCGUUCAAAAUGUUCGAGAGUUUGAAGCCGAAGAGAAGAAACAUUUGGGGCUGGAUCUGGAUGUGAACGAGUUUUCCGAUUGGACCGACGAAGAACUGAAGCUGAUGAUUAUUGACGAAACAGAGGUGCAAUUCGAGGGACUCGCCGUCAGAUACGACGAGAACGUUUUAGAGGAUGGAGUGAAGCGCCCUGCCUCGAUCGAUUGGAGGACUGAAAACAAGCUGACUGCGGUCAAGAACCAGGGACAGUGCGGUUCGUGCUGGGCUUUUGCGACAGUGGCGGCAGUCGAGGCGCAACACGCCAUCAAGAAGGGCAAAUUGGUGUCUCUGUCUGAGCAGGAGAUGGUGGAUUGUGACGAUAGGAAUAAUGGUUGUAGUGGAGGAUAUCGGCCGUAUGCGAUGAGGUAAUUACGGUGUAGUUUGAGCUGUGAAUCAAAACCCAAAAUAAGCAUGAAAGGGAAAAAUACAAAAUUUUUGAACCCGCAUUGAUUUCCGACAAGCAUAAACAACGUAAACAAUAUUUUUCAGAUUUGUGAAGGAGAACGGUCUGGAAACCGAUCAGCAGUAUCCGUAUUCUGCAAUGAAGCAUGAAACCUGCUCCUUGAGAACUAAUGAUACUCGUGUUUUCAUCGAUGACUACCGAAUGCUCUCUACAAAUGAGGAGGACAUUGCCGAUUGGGUCGGAACCAAGGGACCUGUUACUUUUGGUAACAAUUCACAUUGUUUUCUGCACGACUCAUCAUUUUUUCAAGGUAUGAACGUUGUGAAAGCUAUGUACAGCUACCGAGGUGGAGUUUUUGCGCCGACUGUUGAGGAUUGCGCUGAAAAAACGAUGGGAGCCCACGCUCUGACUAUUGUCGGGUACGGAGGCGAAGGCACAAGCGCCUAUUGGAUUGUGAAGAACUCCUGGGGUAGCACUUGGGGCACAAGCGGGUGAGUUCACGUAGAUGUGUUGAGGAUUGACUUCAAGUCCGAAAUUACAGUUACUUCCGCCUGGCUCGUGGUGUGAACAGCUGUGGAAUGGCAAACACCGUCGUUGCACCGAUCAUCAACUAA